ACUCAUUUUUGUUCCCUUUCUUCCUCCUCUACCAUCCCUCCCUCUGAGUCUGAGUUGGUGCAUAUUCUCCGAGAUCUGCAAAUUGCAAAAGUAAAUUCGAAGGCAAAAAGCAUCGAAAGCGGCCAUGGCAGCGCCAGAUCUUUUGUUCAAUCUGAGGAACAACUUCUACUUGGGAGCCUUCCAAGCCGCCAUUAACAACAGCGACCUCCCCAAUCUCUCCCCCGACGACGCCGUCGAACGCGAUUGCCUCGUUUACCGAUCUUACAUUUCUCUCGGAAGCUACCAGCUCGUGAUCAAUGAGAUCGAUUCCUCUGCCGCCACGCCUCUCCAAGCCGUCAAGUUACUCGCUCUCUACCUCUCUAGUCCCGAUAGCAAG